UACCCUCUAGAUCUCAUUGCAUUCAUUUUGAAUACGUACAAUUAUAAGUGCUUUAAACAGUAUAAAUAAUAAAACCCACCAUCACUUCUUACCACAUUGCUUGGACUGUCCGUCUGUUUUGAUCGCAGACCCAUUUUCUUCCUCUCCAGCAAGUGGGUGUUUCUCAAAGUUGGGGUGGAAAGAUGAAGGUAAUUGAGAAGCUGCAGAAUGCAGAGAAGGAGGGCAAGGUGAUAUUCUCCUUCGAAUUUUUUCCUCCAAGAACAGAUGAGGGUAUUGACAAUCUGUUCGAGAGAAUGGAUAGAAUGGUGGAGCAUCAGCCUGCAUUCUGUGACAUUACAUGGGGUGCUGGAGGAUCCACCGCGGAUCUCACUCUUGACAUUUCUAACAAGAUGCAAAACAUGAUUUGUGUGGAAUCCAUGAUGCAUUUAACUUGCACAAACAUGCCUGUGGAGAAAAUUGAUCAUGCCUUAGAGACCAUCAAAGAAAAUGGCAUUCAGAAUGUAUUGGCUCUUCGUGGAGACCCUCCACAUGGACAGGAUAAGUUUGUCCAAGUUGAAGGUGGAUUUGCCUGUGCUCUUGAUCUGGUUAAACAUAUUAGAUCGAAGUACGGCGAUUACUUUGGAGUUACAGUUGCUGGCUAUCCAGAGGCUCAUCCUGAUAUGAUUGCGAGUGAAGAGGGAGCUACUGAAGAAGCUUAUAAAAAGGAUUUGGUUUACUUGAAAUCAAAGGUUGAUGCAGGUGCAGAUUUAAUAAUUACACAGUUAUUUUAUGACACAGACAUCUUUCUGAAGUUUGUGAAUGAUUGUCGAGAAAUUGGCAUCAAGUGCCCCAUUGUUCCUGGCAUCAUGCCUAUAAAUAACUACAAGGGGUUUUUGCGUAUGGCUGGAUUUUGCAAAACUAAGAUUCCUUCGGAGAUCACCGCUGCAUUGGAACCCAUCAAAGAGAAUGAUGAGGCUGUAAGAGCUUAUGGUAUUCAUCUAGGCACUGAAAUGUGUAAGAAGAUUCUAGCUCAUGGAAUUAAGACUUUGCAUUUAUAUACUCUCAACAUGGACAAGUCGGCACUGGCUAUCCUUUCGAAUCUUGGCUUGAUUGACAUCACUAAGAUUAAGAGGCCUUUGCCAUGGAGGCCAGCAGCAAAUAUUCUACGGACUAAAGAAGAUGUACGACCCAUAUUUUGGGCCAAUCGACCAAGGAGCUACAUUACUCGGACCAUCGGUUGGGAACAAUUUCCACAUGGUAGAUGGGGUGAUGCACGUAGUCCAGCUUAUGGAGCAGCUAAUGACUAUCAGUUCUUGAGGCGACGCUCAAGGAACAAGAAGAUUUUGGAGGAAUGGGUUGUUCCUCUUAGUUCCUUAAAUGAUGUCAAGGAGAAAUUUGCAAACUAUUGUUUGGGAAAAUUGAAGAGCAAUCCAUGGUCAGAACUUGAUGGCCUCCAGCCUGAGACAGUGAAGAUUAAUGAAAAAUUAGCACAGCUAAACUUGAAAGGUUUUCUGACAAUAAAUAGUCAGCCUGCAGUGAAUGGCGAGAAAUCUGAUUCUCCUUCUGUCGGAUGGGGAGGGGCAGGUGGGUAUGUUUAUCAGAAGGCAUAUGUGGAAUUUUUCUGCUCUGCAGAAAAGCUGAAUGCAGUGGUUGAGAAAGCCAAAAAAGUAUCCUUUCUCACAUACAUCGCUGUAAACAAGAAGGGUGAGACUGUAUCUAAUAUUGGUCCAAAUGACGUAAAUGCUGUGACAUGGGGAGUUUUUCCUGCAAAGGAGGUUAUCCAGCCUACCGUUGUAGAUCCUGUAAGUUUUAUGGUUUGGAAGGAUGAAGCAUUCCAAGCAUGGGAAAAGGAAUGGGCAUCCUUGUAUCCAGAUGAAGACCCUUCGAGAAAGCUCCUUGAAGAGGUGCAGAGCAGUUACUUCUUAGUGAGUCUUGUGGACAAUGACUACAUUCACGGGGACUUGUUUUCAGUAUUUGAAGAAAUAUAAAAAGCAGUUUUAAGAUGAUUUGGGGGUUCAAAGCAAUGUUCCAUAAUCACAGCCUCUUGGAAUUUCCUAUUUGUGUUAUCAAAUUUAAUGUCAUGUAGGGAAUCUGGAACUGAAAUAAAAUUUUAUUUCUUCCUCCACUCCCAGCUAUUCUUUGCUUGUAAUGGAGAGUUAGACCUUAAAUCAUGGAAAUUAGAUCUGCCGCUCAAACAAGCAGUGAAUUAAAAUAAUGACGAAAUAUAUAAAAAAAAAUUGUUGCCUUUUUACA